UUCACAUUGACCAACACAAAAUACCUUGAUUAACAAAGACAAACAAAAAACAAAAACAAAAGAGGAGGGAGGGUUUGUUUGUUUCUCUCAGUUUAUUUCAAAUCAAAGCAAAACUCCAUGGAAAUAGACAGUGAAAACAUCAAAGAGAAGGAUCUAUUCAAAGCAGCUGAAGAAGGAGAUUCUUCAAUAUUCGAAUCAUUAUCCCCUCAAUCACUCUCAAAAUCACUCUCUCUAACAAACGAAGAUGCUCGCUCACUUCUUCAUGUUGCCGCUUCUUCUGGUCACUCUAAGGUUGUGAAGAUAUUGUUGUCUUCUGAUGCGUCUGCUGAGGUGAUAAAUAGUAGCGAUGAAGAAGGGUGGGCACCGCUUCAUUCUGCUGCCAGUAUUGGAAAUUUGGAGAUAUUGGAGGCUUUGUUGAACAAAGGAGCUGAUGUUAAUAUAAAAAACAAUGGGGGACGCACGGCCUUACACUAUGCAGCCAGCAAAGGUCGGAUGAAGAUUGCUGAAAAACUCAUCUCUCAUAAUGCCAAGAUUAAUAUAAAGGACAAGGUUGGUUGCACCCCAUUGCAUCGGGCAGCUAGCACCGGGAAUUCUGAGCUGUGUGAAUUUUUGAUUGAAGAAGGAGCAGAUGUUGAUGCCGUUGACAGAGCUGGUCAAACUCCUCUAAUGAAUGCCGUGAUUUGUUAUAACAAAGAGGUAGCACUUCUUCUUAUAAGGCAUGGAGCAGAUGUGGAUGUAGAGGACAAGGAAGGGUACACCGUGCUUGGUCGAGUUACUGAUGAUGGGUUUAGAACAAUAUUGAUUGAUGCUGCCAAGACCAUGCUUGAGUGAUACAAACACAAGAGAAUGAGAAAAAAUUUCAGUAUAUUGCUAUAGAGAGUAUCCUGCUGUAGAGAAAACUAGGUUUUGCUUAAGACCUGUUUUAUAUGUUUGAUCAAUGAGUGCAUUCAAUGGCUUGCAUUUUCAUUAACCAGCCUUGAAUUUAUGUCUCUUUUCUUGUGGCAUUUUAACUGGUAUUCGAGGUUAUUUUUCCCUA